AUGGUUGAAAAUGAGUUGAAACUUUUGAGAGAGGAACAAGUCCAACAUAGGGAGAGAAGUUAUAGUGGAGAGUCUCAAUAUGAACAAGAGACCUUAAGAGUAGGAGAAUAUUAUCAUCAACCCUCUUCAUCAAGAAGACACAGGAGGGAAUUUGAAAAUCCUCCUCCUCCUAAGGAAGUUAAUGUGGUAUUGCCUCACUUUCAUGGAAAAGAUAAUGUUGAGGCUUACCUAGAUUGGGAAAUGAAGGUUGAACAAAUUUUUGCUUGCCAUCAAGUGGGAGAAGAAAGAAAAGUCUCUCUUGCUACCCUAAGUUUUCAAGGCACCAGGCUGGUUGAAAAGUUGAAUCUUACUGUAAUACCCCAUCCAAAACCUUACAAACUUCAUUGGCUAAAUGAAGAUGAGGAUAUAACAGUUAAGAAUCAAGUUAAACUGGCAAUUUCCAUAGGAAACUUUAAAGAUGAUGUUAUAUGUGAUCUAGUUCAUAUGGAAGCUUGCCAUGUACUAUUGGGAAGACCAUGGCAAUUUGAUAAUGACACUACACACCAUGGAACACUCACUUGUACAAAUAGCAAGUCUCAGACUUUGACUCUCUCUCAUCCAAUUCAAAACCUUUUGAAAACAUUUGAUGAUAUAUUUCCCAAAGACAUACCUAUUGGUCUUCCACCACUAAGGGGAAUAGAACAUCAAAUUGAUUUUGUGCCAGGGGCAACUCUUCCUAAUAGGCCUGCCUAUAGGACUAACCCCCAAGAAACUAAAGAGAUUGAGUCACAAGUCCAAGACUUGUUAGAUAAAGGCUGGGUUCAAAAAAGCUUAAGUCCAUGUGCUGUACCUGCCUUGUUGGUGCCCAAGAAAGAUGGGAAAUGGCGCAUGUGUUGUGAUUGUAGAGCUAUCAACAACAUCACAAUAAAAUACAGACAUCUAAUCCCUAGACUUGAUGAUAUGUUAGAUGAAUUACACGGCGCCCAAAUAUUUUCCAAAAUAGAUCUUAAGAGCGGUUAUCACCAAAUUCGAAUCAAAGAGGGUGAUGAGUGGAAAACUGCUUUUAAGACUAAGUUUGGACUAUAUGAGUGGCUUGUAAUGCCUUUUGGCCUUACUAAUGCUCCAAGCACAUUCAUGCAACUUAUGAAUCAUGUCUUAAGGGAUUGCAUUGGGAAUGUCAUCUUUCUAGGUUUUGUGGUCAAUAAAAAUGGGGUCCAUGUUGAUCCUGAGAAAAUAAAGGCCAUUCAAGAUUGGCCACCCCCUCAGAAUAGCCAACACAAGUUGCAAAAGCGACAUGCUAAGUGGCUUGAAUUUAUUGAGCAAUUCUCUUAUGUUAUUAAAUACAAGAAAGGCAAGUCUAAUAUUGUGGCUGAUGCUUUAUCCAGAAGAAACAAUCUUUUGGCCACAUUAGGAGCACAAAUUCUUGGUUUUAAUAACAUAAUUGAAUUGUAUGCUCAAGACAUUGAGUUUCCCAAAAUUUAUGAGGAAUGCAUACACAAGGCUCAAGGAGGUUUUUAUGUGAGAGAGGGAUAUCUUUUUAAAGAAGGCAAAAUAUGUAUACCUCAAGGAUCACAUAGAAAGCUUCUUGUCAAAGAAAUACAUGAGGGAGGCUUAAUGGGUCAUUUUGGGGUAGAAAAGACUCUUGAUGGACAGACUGAAGUAGUCAAUAGAUCUCUAUCAACUUUAUUGAGAGUAAUUCUAAAAGGAAACCACAAAUCUUGGGAUGAAUAUCUUCCUCAUGUCGAGUUUGCUUAUAACAGAGUAGUUCAUGGAACUACUAAAAUUUCUCCUUUUGAGGCUGUAUAUGGAUUCAACCCUUUGACACCUAAAAAUUUAAUACCCCUUCCUAAAUCAUUUGACUAUGUUCAUCAGGAAGGCGUAUCUAAAUCUAAAUUUAUUAAAGACUUACAUCAAAGGGUCAGAAAACAAAUACAACAACAAAACGAGAAAUAUGCAAAGAGUCAUAACAAAGGAAGGAGAGAGGUGAUCUUCAAUGAAGGAGAUUUAGUUUGGCUUCAUCUUAGAAAAGAAAGAUUUCCAAAUCUAAGAAAAUCUAAACUAAACCCCCGAGGAGAUGGUCCAUUUAAAGUUCUUAGACGGAUCAAUAAUAAUGCAUAUCAACUUGAUCUUCCGCAAGAAUAUGGAAUUCAUCCCACUUUCAAUGUAUCUGACCUUAUGCCUUUUUCAGGGAUUGAAAAUGACAAUACAGAUCCUUUAGAUUUGAGGACAAAUCCUUCUCAAGAAGAAGGAGAUGAUACAAGAGCGCCAAGCACAAUCAUAUAG